UUAGUCUUUAUUCUGUUCGUAUCGGAGUCUGGAAGACGUUUUAUUUUGAAAAACUGCCGGAUUAACUUUAAAUGAAAAAAAGUAAAGAGAAACACGACCGUAUUGUAUCUAAAUAAAGUAAAUAAAGAAUUGUUUUCAGCGGCCCGGUACCAAUUGACCCUCAGACCGGGGCCCUAACACAGAAGACGGUCGUCAGUGUCCUUUUCUUUGUUUGUUUUAUCCAUUAGCCUGAAGUUGAGUAAAUUUGAUCCCUGUUUUUGUUACUAAUCAAACGCCAGUUUGGCCUCCUUCACGAUGUAGCAUGUAUGCUAAGACGAUGCUACCGUCGUCUUAGCAUUCAUGCUAAGUGUGUUAAAUGUGAUUUAACUCAUUUAACUGUAGUGAAACAGACAACGGAGGAUAUUAACUUCAUAUUCUACAUUUUUGCAACUUCUCUUCCACUUUUCCCGCCAUCAAUUGAAAAAAAAACACCUUACAAUAUUAACAGAGUAAUUCUAGUUUAACUAGUUUGUCACUCUAAAAAAGUUUACCGUGCGUUUGGUGCACUUAUUUUGAAAAGCCAGUGUAAACUGGUAUUUCCUGUACCUGCUCUUGGUCACUUCCCCCUGGCUGCUGUCCAAAACCCAAACAGAUCAGACGAACCGAGGUUUACAUGGAGCCAACGUACAGACCGUCUCAUGGUUCUGGUACCAGACCCCAGUUCAUGGAGCCACAACUUUGACAUCACACAAUGAGCAACAAGAAACCAUGGGCUGUAGCUGCAGUUCAGAUUAUUCAGACACGGACUGGAUCGAGAACCUCGAUGAAAUCUGUGAACAUUGCAACUGUCCGAUACCCCCGCAGUCCUGCAAUCAAUACAUCGAUCAGCUGAUUCCUUACCCAUCACAGCAUUCGCCUCCUACAUCACCGUUACCAGACAACCUGGUGGUGGCCAUAUACAGCUAUGAACCCAAACAUGACGGCGACCUGGGCUUUGAAAAGGGAGACAAACUCAAAAUCCUCAACCAGGACGAACCAGAGUGGUAUUUGGCCGAGUCGCUCACCACGGGCCAGCAGGGCUACAUCCCAUACAACUUUGUUGCUAUGACCAAAAUGGAGACUGAACCGUGGUUCUUCAAGACCCUCUCUAGAAAUGACGCCAUGAGGUUGCUCCUGGCUCCUGGGAAUGCACAAGGCUCGUUCCUGAUCCGAGAGAGUGAAACCAACCCAGGUUCAUAUGCCUUAUCGAUAAGGGACCUGGACUACAACACAGGUGAAGGGGUCAAGCACUACAGGAUCCGUAACAUGGACAACGGCGGCUUCUACAUCACGGCCAAGAUUUCCUUCAACUCUCUGAAGGAGCUGGUGCAGUAUCACAGCCGUGAAGCCGAUGGGUUGUGCACGAAGCUGGUGAAGCCCUGCCAGUCGAGGGCACCGCAGAAGCCCUGGUGGCAGGACGAGUGGGAGAUUCCCCGCGAGUCCCUGAAACUGGAGCGCAAACUGGGAGCAGGGCAGUUUGGAGAAGUGUGGAUGGGAGUCUACAACAAUGACAGGAAGGUUGCCAUUAAGAACCUGAAGAUGGGCACCAUGUCAGUGGAGGCCUUCCUGGCUGAGGCCAACAUGAUGAAGAACCUGCAGCACCGCUGCCUGGUGCGCCUCUUCGCUGUCGUCACCCAGGAGCCAAUUUACAUUGUUACGGAGUACAUGGAAAACGGAAGCCUGGUGGAUUACCUGAAAACACCAGCAGGAGGCAGUUUGGCCAUGAACACCCUGAUAGACAUGUCGGCUCAGGUGGCAGAAGGAAUGGCCUUCAUUGAACAGAGGAACUACAUCCAUCGAGACCUACGAGCCGCCAACAUCCUGGUCUCUCACGAGCUCAUCUGUAAAAUUGCCGACUUUGGUCUCGCGAGGCUCAUCGAGGACAACGAGUACACGGCCAGAGAGGGUGCGAAGUUUCCCAUCAAGUGGACGGCUCCAGAAGCCAUUAACUUCGGCACCUUCUCCAUCAAGUCUGACGUGUGGUCCUUUGGUAUCUUGCUCACGGAGAUAGUGACGUAUGGACGCAUACCUUAUCCUGGAAUGUCCAACCCAGAGGUCAUCCAGAACCUGGAGGUAGGCUACAGAAUGCCAAAGCCAGACAACUGUUCGGACGGACUUUACAACAUAAUGUGCAUGUGUUGGAGAGAAACGCCAGAAGACCGGCCGACGUUUGAAUACCUGAGGAGUGUUCUGGAGGAUUUCUUCACUGCUACAGAGAGACAGUACCAGGAAUGAUCCAGAACAAAAUCAAAUAGAGACACGAGGGCACAAACUGGUCUGAAGACUGGUGCUGGGUUUUGAAGUAUUUGUUGAAAAGUACACCCUUUUAUUAACAAGUAUCAUUUGUAUGUUGUUUUUUUAUGGUAAAAUGACUCGAUGGAUACGAAGCAGAGCUGACGAUGAGUCGAUGUCGAGCUGCGUGAAUGAAGUGGCGUCAGGAUAACGUGGCUGAAUGAUUAGCUGCUCUGUGUGUAAAUACUGUCAUUUAGAGUCGCUGUUUAAAUAAUAAUAAAUCUUCUGGCUAUUUGUACACAUACUGGAGAACGUGUGUAAGGAGUUUUGUUUCACUUUACUCUGAUGAACACACCCCCGGUUUUCACUAAGGGUGUGUAUUGGCAAGAAUCUGACGUUAUGCUGCGUGUCACAAUAUAUAUUGCGAUACUAUAGGCACAAUGAUAUAUUGAUU